UUUGACAUUUCCCUCAAAAAACGGGAAAACAAAAGAAAAUUGACAAAAAACAAAAUUUCGUUACGUCAAAAUUGGAAGUGAAGAAGAACGCGCGUCGUCAUCAUCAUGUCGAUGAGCGCGAAACCCAGCGUGGAUUCGGCGGCGAAGCGCGGUAAAAGCUCGUCUUCGAAGAACGGAUCCGUGCAGAAUGCGAACGUGAGUAAUAGAGUCGUCGUUGACGCUUCGCCGAGACCCGGGGGUUAUUUGAAAGUGUUGAAUCCUCAAGACGCGAUGAACGCUUUGACAGUUAUGGUGCCGCCGGAACUUUCAGAGCACACUUGCUGUUGCAAAACGAAACAGAAGCACAGCAAGACUUGCGUGGAUGAAUCGAGGCGGCUCGUGAAGAAAGACGGAAGCAAAGACACGAAAGAUACGCCCGUGAACACUUCGUCGCAUUCGACGACGCGCGAUUUCCGCAUAACGAAAGCCAUCGAGGAAUCCGAUUGGGACGUUUCCAGUAUAGAGGGCGACAUCGGCGGGGCGGAAUCGACUGCAGAGGUCACCUUCAAAGAGACGAAGGCCAGUUUGAACAUGACGUCGAUGCUGAUCAGCACCGUGAUGAUGCUCGCCUCGGACAAUCCGGUUCCCGACGAGUACAUCGACGCCACGGUAGCGUUCCUCGAGUGCGUCACCGACGACGACGCGAACACUCCGCCGAACGCGCAGAGUCUCCUCAAUCACAUCGAGCUGAAGACGGGGAAAUUGGCGAAGAAGAAGGACUGCACGGAAUGCGGGUACACGGUGCUCACAUCCGAGAAGGCCAAGUCCACUAACGUCGCCGAGUGACAGGCGUCAUUCUCCUCGC